GGGGAGGAGUUAGAAAUUGUAAUAUAAGUAGGAGGUAGCUGAAUCUUGCUGGACCAUUUGCUUCCAGCCCUGAAGAAGAGCUGGACUGUGAAUACGUUGUGAGCAGGAACUGUCUUCAGCAAAGGGCAGUCCUAACUCUGCCACCGGCUUGCUGGGUGAUUUGGGUAAAAGAUGGCAACCCCAUCUGAGAAAAAUGACAUGUCCAAUAUGAUGCCCUUCCUACCAGAGCCCCAGUUGGUAAAUGGAGGCAGCCAACCAUCGGAGAAAAGAAAAUCGAAAGCAAAGCAGAUGAAAGCAACACCCUGCUUGUAUGACGAAUACGAGGAGAAGGUUCGCCCCUGCAUCGAUCUCAUCGAUUCUCUGCGAGCCCUGGGGGUGGAGAAGGACCUGGCGCUGCCCGCUAUCGCCGUGAUUGGAGACCAGAGUUCUGGGAAAAGCUCUGUCCUGGAAGCGCUGUCUGGAGUCUCUCUCCCCAGAGGCAGUGGCAUUGUCACCAGAUGCCCCUUGGUGCUGAAACUGAAAAAGCUGGGCUGUGACCAACAAUGGAAUGGAAAAAUCGGCUAUCGUGACCUAGAAAUUCCUCUCCCAGACCCCUCAGUGGUGGAACGCGAAAUACAUCAAGCUCAAGACACUAUGGCUGGGACAGGAGUGAGCAUUAGCGAGGAGCUAAUUACACUAGAGAUCAACUCACCCAAUGUCCCAGAUCUGACCCUGAUUGACCUUCCGGGGAUCACCAGGGUGGCUGUGGGCAAUCAGCCCCACGACAUUGGCAAGAAGAUCAAAUCUCUCAUCCAUAAGUAUAUAAAGAAGCAAGAGACGAUCAAUUUGGUGGUGGUGCCAAGUAAUGUGGAUAUAGCGACCACGGAGGCGCUAAACAUGGCACAGGAAGUGGACCCCAAAGGAGAGAGAACUCUGGGAAUCUUGACCAAACCAGAUCUGGUGGACAAGGGCGCCGAGGAGAGCAUCGUGAGCGUGGUUCGCAACCUCACCAUCUUCUUGAAUAAAGGCUACAUGAUCGUGAAAUGUCGGGGGCAGAAAGAUAUUCAAGAUAAACUGAGUCUGGCUAUGGCAAUCGAGAACGAAAGGCUAUUUUUUGAGGAGCACGAGCAUUUCAGAGUUCUUCUGGAGGAAAAUAAGGCCACAGUUCCUGCCUUGGCUGAGAGACUGACAACUGAACUCAUCGAGCACAUUACUAAAGCGCUGCCCACAUUAGAACAACAGAUUAAGGAUAAACUCCAGGAAGCUACCGAAGACUUACGCAAGUGUGGUGCAGACCUUCCGGAGGCAGACGAGGAUAAAAUUUUCUUCCUGAUCGACAAAAUUAAAGCCUUCAAUCAGGACAUCACCAGCUUGAUACAAGGAGAAGAAGCCUUGCCUGAGGAAGGGCUCCGGCUGUUCUCUCAACUCCGACGAGUGUUUCAGAAGUGGGGAGGAACCCUGACCAAAACUUUGAAGGACACCCAAACGGCUGUUACUUGGGAGAUCACAGCAUCUGAAAAUCGGUAUCGGGGCAAAGAGCUCCCAGGGUUUGUCAACUACAAGAUGUUCGAGACCAUUGUAAAGCAGUGCCUCAAUCAGCUAGAAGAACCGGCUGUCGAUAUGCUCCAGGAAGCGACUGGAAUUAUCGGAAAAGCGUACACAAAGGUAGCCCAUAGUCAUUUUGUGGAUUUCUUCAACCUCCACAGAGUUGUAAAGGGCAAACUCGAAGACCUAAAAGCCACACUGGUUAAAAAAGCCGAAGAAAUGAUCAGACUUCAGUUUCAGAUGGAACAGAUCGUUUUCUGUCAGGAUGCUGUCUACAGCAGUAAGCUGCAAGAGGUCAGAGAAAACACUGCCAAAGAAAACAGCACAGCGAGGAAGCCGGCCCAUCAGGAGAACUGCCUCCAGGCCGAAAUGAACUACUCCCGGGCCGAAAUGAGCGAGCACCUGAAAGCGUACUUCAGGGAGACCGACAACCGUCUCACCUGCGAGAUUCCAAUGAUUGUUCAGUUCUUUGUCCUCCAAAACUACGGCAAUCUCUUACAAAAGUCAGUGAUGCAACUGUUGCAAGAGAAAGACCAACUUGACUGGCUGCUCCGUGAACAGCAGGACACGAGCAACAAGAGGAAAUUCCUGAAAGAGCGAAUAGGGCGCCUGAAUCAAGCUCGUCGCCGACUGAGUCACUUCCCAGGUUAAAGCAGAGGACAGAGUCAAAAGGGACUUCUGGGGGUCAUCUGGUCUAGCCUCCUGCCUCCAGGUGGGUGAAUACCCAUCCCUAAGACAGAUGCUCUACAGCCUUCAAAUUGGCACAAGUACCGUGUAAUUCUCACCUGGGUAGCCUUUUCCUAGUGCUCCGUAGUGACACACAGUACGACCUUAAUUCUGUUACUAUUCCUCCAGAGACCACGUAGCAGGAAAUCCACUGAGUUUUCUGUUUCUCCAUUCCCCCCUUCCUUACCUCUCCAUUUGGAAAUUGGAGGAAACAAUAUUUUAUUAUGAAAGGAAGCUCACUUUUUUCUCCUGUCCUCAUUUUCUACUAGACUGCAAGAGCCUGUAUUUUGCCGUAUUGUACCCUCCCUACCACUCAGUAUAGGUCUCAAUAAAUAGCACUGUUUGAAUAGUUGAAAA